AUGUGGGUCAAAGAAAACAGGAUGCCGGUAACAUGGCCCAGGAAGAUGAUCCACAGUAUCGGAACGAGAGAUGAAAACCGAUACUGCAAGUUCCACGAGGACUAUGGGCACGACACGGAAGAAUACUAUGAUUUGAAGAAAGAAAUAAAAAAACUGAUAGAUUCAGGAGCACUAAGGAAGUUCACAAGUCAUAAGGAAGAUAAGGAACAGAGAAAAGAAGGAACUGACAAGGAAGAAAAGAAGGAGGAAGAGAGGGGAAGAAAGAAGGAAAUCGCGGGAGUCAUCAAUGUCAUUAUUGGAGGAAAAAGAUUUAAAGAAGGGCGAAAAAGAUUAAGGGGCGAGAUAAUGCAGGUAGCAGAGCAAGCAGGAAGAAGGGCGGAAGCAGCAAAAGUAAUCACGUUCUCAGCGGAAGACGGAACACAUGCGAAAGGAUCCCACAAUGAUGCGCUGGUGGUGGAAGCAAUCGUCAACAACUUCCUGGUGAUGAAAUUGCUAGUAGAUGAAGGAAGCGCAAUGAACCUGAUAACGUGGGAAACGUUCAAAGGAAUCGGCCGAGCACUAGGACAGCUCAAGCAUUGCCCGGUGCCGAUAAUAGGACUCGGAGGAACACCAAUCCAACCCAGGGGUCUGGCGGAAAUAAUGGUGGAAUUUGGAAGAGGAGGUAGAGAGAUGAAGGAAGUUAAAACAAUGUUCUUAGUAGUCGAUAUGUCACUGGCUUACAACGGGAUACCAGGGAGGCCGUUCCUAUACUCUUCGAGGGCGAUCACUAGCAUCCGCUACCUGAUCAUGAAAAUACCAACAACAGAGGGAGUAAUCAGCGAAAAAGGAGAUCAGGAGCCGCCAAAUGCUACACUAUCACCAUGA